AUGACAAGCCUCGAAUUUAUCAUGGAUAUGGAUGUAGAUAAGGAGGAGCCCCAGGUCAUUAAAAAGGAUGGACCAUCUUCGUCAACAUCCGGCACCAGACUAGAUCGAGACCUCCUAGCCUCAGAUCAUGAACAUCCUAGAGAACACCAAGGAAGACUAGACACAUCCCCUACCAAACAAAAACGAGGCGCUUCGGGAAGGCAUAACAAGUCAUCCUCAUCAUCAUCAUCAUUCAACACUAUAGCCGCCGACUCAUCAACAGCAAUAACAUCUACGUUAGCAUCGCCGCUGGGGCCCUCUACUCGGCCAGCCCCCGCUCCUGGGAACAACAACAGCAACUUCAACAGUGAAGAGAUGCAUCGUUACGGCAGUCACGCCUCGCCAUCGGGGACAGGUGGAGGAGGAGAGCAACCCAACCGGCCCAUGGGAAACCCCGGAGAGGUGCAAGUCAAGUUGACUCCCAUCACUGGUCGUGUGAGCAGGGCAAAGAAGGGCGUGCCAGUUCAUACAUGUGAGAUAUGCAGACCACCCAAGACUUUUACACGCGCAGAACAUCUCAGGCGUCACCAGCUCAGUCAUCAAACGCCCCAAUAUCCCUGCACCUAUCCCGGCUGUGAGAGGGCGUUCCACCGGGCGGAUCUGCUCGCUCGUCAUGCAACAAGACAUGAACUCGAAGGGGACAAAGCUUCGUCUAGGAGCACUGGUGAUAACAGCCGAAGGGCCUCUACCACGUCGACUGGAUAUGAUCAGGGUGGCCCAGGACCAAUGCAGCCAAGUCCGGUCAUGAGCCCAAACCCUAGCCAGCCCUAUCCAGGCUCUUCAUACUCUGGGUAUAGUGACAACCAGUACAACAGUCCUGCCCUUUCAGGGAGCCAGCCAAUGUCGCCUCAACAACGCCGUGACUCGAGUGGACCGAGCAGUCACUAUACCCAUCAUGCUGAGAUUCCGACCAUCAACCAGCCACCCGGCCUGGACGAAUCGCCGGGGCUCACCUAUGACACGCAUAUGUCAAAUUAUCAUGAAGUUCCUCGGACAGCACCGGGAAACGGACUUCUCAUUGUCACAUCCGGACUGGGACCGGACGCCGCCCCUGCUAUGAUUCAACCUGAAUUAUCUCCGUGGGCAUCUUCCGAUAGCAACAGCUAUUCCUCCACCCCAUCUGAUAAUAGCCACAGGAGGAAUUACAAUAUUCCCGCCUUUUCUUCGCCGCCCACGGCCUCAGAGUGGCAGAGUUCCUUUGUUUACACGCCUCCUUCCCAAGGCAUCCACAGUCCUCACAUGGAUGUGAUUACCUCCAAUCCCAAUUUCUUUCAAGAUCCUUUCUACACUGGAAUGAUCGACCCAUCAAUGUCUCUUUACACUGAGGACAAUCACUUCCUCAGCCACCCUCAAUCCCAUUUUCCUUCUGUUCGUAGUCCGACCCCACCGAACAUGCCUUCCUCUGUUCAAUCAGCUGAAUCUUUAGUCACACUCGCGCCAGCAUCACAUGAUCCCCUAUUAGGGGCUCGCUUCAAGGGCCAGGCGGCUCUCAUGGGAAGCCUCUCUGGAGCCACCUUCCUGACAGCGUUCACGCUGCCCAAGCCUGCCCGAGAUGCUAUUCCGCAUUUUCUCGAAGUAUACUGGAAGCGCUUCGACGCUUCUUAUCCCCUUAUUCAUCGACGCAAGUUUGAGCUCGCACCCGAUGAGAUUUUGCGCGCUGCCAUGGCCGCCGUUGGCUCGCAAUUUCUCGAGGGCAAGGAGGAUCGCCUCAAGGGCAACCAGCUGCAUGAGUGGGCCUGGCAAGAAGCGAAACGGCAGCUCCAGAUCCUUCAGUGGAACGUUUCAACCAUGCAGACGAUCCUCUUGUGUGAGAUCUUUGCCCGAUUCCGGGGUAAGAAGAUUGCGAUCAAACCGUCGGAGCCCUUCCGGUCGCUAUACUCGAGAGAUUCUUCUCUUUUCAGUCUUGUUUUUUCUUCUCCGUCAUCUUCCCAAUGGCACCCAUACUCAACGUCUCCGCUACAGGUUGAUACCAUUACCCAACCGCCGGAUCUCGAUCAUUCUUUUGGAUCUACAAACUCUACCCCUUCUAUCGGAGGACUUCCCAGUACCAACGCCCUUCAGAAACCACGAUGGGCCGAAUGGGUCGAAGCAGAGGCUCGCCGUCGCCUCCUUGCAGCGUGCUUCGCCGUCGAUGUGCACACCUCCAUGUAUUAUGAACUACCGCUGAUGCAAAAUUUCACUACUCCUUACCCACCGAUCCCCCUAACGGCAGCCAGCGAAGAGCUGUGGAAUGCUUCGCCGGAAGAGUGGGAGGCCCUAACCAAUGCUCGGCCCGCCUCCUUGGAGCCUGCUGUUCUGUCCGAGGAUAUCAUUUCCCGAGAGGUUAUCGCCAGUGCCGCUCCCAUGGACCAGGCCGUCUUCCUAGCUUCCGAGGUCCUGCGCAUCCCUAGGCGAUCUGCUUCUACCAUAGACUUGUAUUCUAACCCGGACCUCGGGGAUGUGGAGCGGAUCCUGACUCUUUUCCCCGAUUCUGGGGUCGCUUACACCUAUGCAGCGUUGCACUACACGCCACUGCACGAUCUUCUCGCAGUAUCUGGGGACUCGUGGCUAUUCAGCCAAAAGGUCCUGGAGGGCAAAGCAUUUGUGCAGUACCAAAAGACACUGAAGCAAUGGUGCGGCAGUCUUCACGCUGCCACCGCUGCCAGAUUUGCCGCCAAGGCACUCAUUGCAUUUUUAACUAUUAAUAAUAAUGACAACAACACAACCGGCGGUGCUUCUUCUUCUAUAAGGAGGUGGAACAUGUCUGAUGUCUCAGACUACUGGGCCAUCUAUGUUUGCGCCCUGAUCUGCUGGGCCCUGGGCCACCGAGGCACCAGCCCGGCCACGGCAUCAUCGUCAUCCUCCUCGGGCGGCGCCUCGACCCUCACCGGCGGCAGCGGCUCCUCUGGCCCGCGAUCGUCGUCGGGAGCAGGCAACGCUCGCGCCACGGCGAGCGCUAAUAUCAAGGAACGGGAGAGCGAGCUCGAGGCGCUCGGGUGGCUGCACCUCGUCGCCAGCCAGGCCAACCUCCAAGACGUCUUUAGCCACGUCCGUGUGGGCGGUCGUGCCGUCACCAUUUCCGUCGUGGCCAUGGUCCGCAAGCGCUUGGAGGGCGAGGCUGCCGGCAGCAGGAGUCGGCUCCUCAUUGACGCUGUCGGGAUCCUCAAGAAACUCGAGGCGGGUGUCAACUGGAAGUGGUUCUAG